ACCGCAACCUCCUUAUCACCGUCGCCUCGCCCAUCAAUCCGCCGUCCGCAACAUGCGCAAGCCCGCCGUCUAAACUGAGGUCCGAUGGCGUCCCAGGCGACGCUGACUCCCCGCAACAAUGUAUAACCGCGACUCCAAGAUCAUGCGCAAGCUCCUCGGCAAGGCGGCGCCCGAAACCCCCACCGGCGACCCGAACCACUCCAUCACCAGCGCGCCCGCGUCCUCGGCCACCGCAACCUAUCGCCCUUCGAAGUCGCAGGACGGCGUCUACCGAGCCGGCGUUCCUAUACUCAGCCUUGAUGUCUCCCCCGAUCGCCGGGCCGCCGUCUUGGGCGGCGCACAUAUCCUCAAGACGGUGGUGCUGGACGACCCGCAGAGCUUCAACUUCAACUUCCACGAGGGAGUCGAUCUGCGGGCCGUCAUUACCGCGCAGAUAUCUGGUCCAAAGGGGAACUCGACAGCUGACCAGCUCAGUAUUCGCGACGUGAAAUGGCACGGCCACUCGACCAUAUUUACGGCAUGCGCCAACGGCAAGAUCUUCACCUACGACGUCUCCCGCGUCGGGUCUGGGGCAGCCGAACCAUUGGAAUACAUCCAGAUGCAAGAAGACUCUCGGCAAAUCACGACACUCGACGUCAAUCCACAUCUCAAGAGCUGGCUUCUCUCCGGCAGUCAAGACGGAAUCGCCCGCGUUUUCGACACCUCGGCACCUUUGCAAGGCCGGUCUGGCGGCAUCACCUUUCGACAACGGUUCGCGCCCCUCAAAUGCAUCGAUCCGAUUAGACAGGUCAAGUGGUCGCCCAAGGUUGGGCAUGAGAUGGCCUGUUGCACUGAAGGAGGGGUGGUGCUGAAGUGGGAUGUCCGGCAGCCCACCAGGCCAGUGCUACGGAUCAACGCGCAUGAAAAGGCAUGCGCAUCGAUCUCAUGGCAUCCAGAUGGGAACCACCUCAUAAGCGCGGGCUGGGAUACCAAACUUCACGUAUGGGACCUUGGAACCACCGCCGACAAACGCCAGAAGCCGAAGUACACAGUGUCGACUCCCGCACCCGUCUUCGCCAUAGCUUGGAGACCUGGUCUCUGGUCGGCGACGGCCCAGAGCAAACGCGUCGCUCAGGUCGCAGUAUCAUACGACGAUAGCAGUUCUCGAAGGUAUGGAACCUCGGCGGUGCAUAUCUGGGACCUUGCGCGACCGACGAUGCCCUACAAGGAAAUUGAACGGUUCGAAUCCUCACCAGCUGCCUUGCUUUGGCAGGAUCAAGAUAUGCUCUGGACGGUGGGUCAGGAUGGCCAGUUCACUCAGUGCGAUGUCGCAUUUGCACCAAAGGUCAUUGAUCGCCAGUCUACGUCAUCCAUGGCCUUUUCUCCCAAAGGCGAUGUUCUCAUGUUCCUAGAUGAACGACCGAGUUCGCAGCGACCACGACCUCCAGUCAGCCACCAUGCCGAUAUCGUUCCCCGAACCCCAUAUGGAUCAAGCCCCAAUAACCAGAUGCUGAGCAUCAGCCGAAGCGACUCCGAGGAGGACGUCGUAGGUAGUUUCCUCGGUCCCCGACGACGACAUAGCCGUAAGCGGACAGGGAGAUCGGGCCCUCCAAUGAGCACUACUCCUCCGUCCAGUUCGAGUAUGCCCGAUGACCAUAAACUCAUUCUAGGGCUCGACCAGGCAAUUAAAGUAACCGGCAUGUUCAAGUCACAGCAAACAAUGGCGUCAGGGCACGUUCCCAGCACCAGGACAACGCAAGUUUACCAGUAUCUCUCGAGUAUUUACCUCGAAACGCUCCAGCGCGAGCUCCCAUACGUUAAGAAGGGCAAGGCCCUCGACAAACGAGUUGCUGCCAUAAUGGAAAAGUACGCCAACGCAGCUCAGAGUGUCAGCCUCUUCCGACUUUCUCAAACUUGGCGCAUUCUAUCGUAUGCGGUCGGGCUGCUUCUUGAGAGGCGUGCCCAAUACCACCUUGAAGUGCGUCUCGGCCAGUUCCAGAAGCUCAAGAUGGACGAAAAGAAGGGCAGUGGUAGGCUGAAGCCAGUGGACCUUUAUUCUUCUGUUCGAAGCUACGGUGAGGACACCCCGAGGCGGCUGUCUACUCAAUCAACUGUACCCAUAGGCCGGUCCAUGUCGAGUCGAUCACUUCUAUCCGAGGGGAUCGAAAGCACCUCCAACGUCCCAACCCCUCUUGCACGGCCAGCGGACCGCAAUUACGAAACAUACGAGCACUCUCAACAAAUCGGGAGAAAGCUGGCGGCAGUGAUGGAGCCUGACGAGCUUAGCUUGGGACCAGCGGUGCAAGAUCAUCUUGACGACACCCCCCGGAAACGUCUUGACUCUGUUCCCGUCUCCGAAGUGAGCCAUGAUAGUGAGCGCUCACACAUCUCCAGCACCGAAGGUUACGACUUCUACGAUGCGGAAGCAUUGGUCCAGGCUAUGGAUGUCCCCAUGCCCCAGACGGAGCCGCUAACCCUCGACUACACUGGCCUCCAACGUGCUGACAAUAGGAAAGUCGUUAGGCACGAUUCCGAUGAGAGUUUUGUUCAGAUGUUUUCCACGUCGGAUGCGACCAAACCAACGCCGACUGCCUCAGUAACCAACGGCAACGGAACUUGGAGGUCGAGCCUGGCCAGGCACGCGUCCGACAUGUCCACGCAAAGUCAAGAAUUCCAGAGCCGGAUCCGCGGGGAGACGUUGAAAACUACGGAAACCAAGGACCCGCCGAAUCGUCGUAAAUCCCGAGCGAACGAAUCACCGGAGGAAGUGUUUCUGAUCUCGCAGACGACAAUUGGGACCGACGACAGUUUUCCAUCUCAGACAUCCGAGCCCUCACAGCCCGAGUCAGAAUUCCCAGUCAAGACAGAUGCCCCAUCAAUGCUGCCGCAGAUAUCGGAACAGCCGGCUCAGCAACACCCAGCCAUUAUCACGCCUUCGAGCCAACCCGGCCGGACUCCCAGCCCUGUCAAAGGACCAUCUCCGGCCCAGCAAGACAUUCGGCCCUAUAUCCUUGAAUCUGACUAUCUACCGUGGGAAGAGGACCCUCUAUAUCCCCAUCCAACAGUCUCCGACGGGCCAAUACCCAUGAUAUCGCCCCUUGACCCCUACUCUCUCAUCACCAGGGCUCUGGACUACGAGUCCCAGAGUUCUGCUCUGAACGCCUCGGCAAUUAUCUUGUUGCUGAAACCUCUUGUGCCAGACUAUGUCAUCGACUAUCAUCAAGCCAGUGCCAUCCUCCGGCAACACCACUCGCGCCUCAUGCACAUGAGUCUCUUUAUCGAGGCAUCGCUCCUCCGUAACCUCUGCAUUCGAGGCUGGCCCGAAGGGUUGCCUGAAUGGGGCGAAAACUACACUGCCAUCUUCACGCCUGCUCAACAGGGCGUCAAGGUUAGCUUCUUCUGUGCUUCCUGCCGAAAACCAAGGGAGAUCGAUCCCAAGGGUGGCAAGGCAGCAAUCUGGAUGUGCGAUCGCUGCAAGACGGCCAUGGCUCCUUGCGCUAUCUGUGGGGACCGGGAUCUGGCGCAGGCCAGUUACGUCCCCGCGGAUAUCACCAAGGCAAUGGACACGCCGGAUACAUGCCUGUCGGAGUGGUGGUACUGUCCCGGCUGCGCCCACGGCGGACAUGCUUCCUGUCUCCAGGCCUGGCACGCUCCUCUCGGUUCCCCAGACAGUUCCAACGGAUCAACCACCUUUAGCGAUGGCUGCUGUCCCCUCGACGGCUGCGGCCACGCUUGUCUGCCGGGCAAAUACCGCGCCGAGACGACGACGGCUCGAUCCGACGAGCUCGGCCGCGCCACCGUCGAGAAGUCGCGCGCGCGAGAGGACCGCGCAAAUAGCAGCAGCCGGCGGUCGAGUCCGCGCCCUGGGCUGGACCGGGCUGUAAGAAGCGACACCAACGACAUCCCGCAGAGCCGGGCGGUCGGCAUGGCGCGAGAGGCUCUCAACAAGGGCAGCGGUGGCAUCCUGAGCUCCAGCCCAAACAGGCCUCUCGUCACGGGAGAACGGGAGAGGCGAAAGAGCGUCAAGUUCGCGGGGCCGGACAAGUGAACGAAGGUCGCAUUUUGGAUUGUCAUAGCAUUUGGACUAUUUAUUUUGGAUUUACGGCGGCGCAAGGUUUGACAUUUCCGUCAUUGCACGUGUAUGGUUGGGUAGGAUACUCGAUACACCAUUUAUUAGCAUAAUACGAUCACCGUUUCAAUACCCGAUGGAC